CGCUCCAGCUGUAACAAUUUAUAUAAAUGUAUUCAAAAAAAGAAAAAAGGGCAAAACCUAAGCAAAGCUUAGGCAAGGCACUGUAGAGAAUGACGUGUCGAAAACGAUUUAUUAAAAGGGCAAAAAAAAAAAAGAAAUAUAAUACCUAUUCAAUAUAGUUUUAGACUUGGAGUCUACAGCAGCAGUUAGGGCGGGAAGCCGAAAAAAUUAACAGCGAAUAACAUGCCCGAACCAAACAUGAAUUUGAGCAAGGGCGCUAAGGUGUGGGUUGAGGACAAGAACUUGGCAUGGGUUGCAGCUGAAAUUACUGAUUUAAAAGGCAAAAAAGUCCAAGUCCAAACUGCCUCCGGUAAAACGGUGUUGGCGUUGCCGGAGAAAUUGUUUCCCAGAGAUGCCGAUGAAGAGGAAGAACAUGGAGGAGUUGAUGAUAUGACGAAGUUGACUUAUUUGAAUGAGCCUGCUGUGCUUUAUAAUCUCGACAGGAGAUAUGCUUUGAAUGAUAUUUAUACAUAUACAGGAAGCAUUUUGAUAGCAGUUAAUCCAUUUACAAAGCUUCCUCAUCUUUACAAUGUGCAUAUGAUGGAGCAAUACAAGGGAGCUCCAUUUGGUCAGCUAAGCCCCCAUGUUUUUGCUGUGGCUGAUGUAUCAUAUAGAGCAAUGAUGAAUGAGGGUCAAAGCCAGUCUAUACUAGUCAGUGGAGAAAGUGGGGCUGGAAAAACUGAGACGACAAAACUAAUUAUGCAAUAUCUUACUUUUGUUGGAGGUCGUGUGGCUGGUGAUGACAGAUCUGUUGAGCAGCAAGUUCUUGAAUCAAAUCCACUAUUGGAGGCAUUUGGCAAUGCAAGGACUGUUAGAAAUGACAAUUCGAGUCGUUUUGGCAAGUUUGUUGAGAUCCAGUUUGAUGCAAAUGGUAAAAUAUCUGGUGCUGCAAUCAGAACAUACCUUCUUGAACGGUCCCGUGUUGUUCAGAUAACAGAUCCCGAGAGAAAUUAUCACUGCUUCUAUCAAUUGUGUGCAUCUGUGAAAGAUGCAGAAAAGUACAAAUUAGGCCAUCCAAGCCACUUUCAUUACUUAAAUCAAAGCAAGACAUAUGAACUUGAAGGAGUAAGCAGCGCAGAGGAAUAUAUGAAGACAAGGAGGGCAAUGGAUAUUGUUGGUAUUAGUCACGAGGAUCAGGAAUCUAUAUUUCGCACCUUGGCUGCUAUUUUACAUCUGGGAAAUGUUGAAUUUUCUCCUGGAAAAGAGCAUGAUUCUUCAGUUAUUAAAGAUCAGAAAUCUACCUUCCAUAUGCAGAUGGCUUCUGAUCUUUUUAGGUGUGAUGUGAACCUCUUGUUGGCAACAUUGUGUACUCGUACCAUUCAAACCCGUGAAGGAAGUAUUGUUAAAGCUCUUGAUUGUGCUGCUGCUGUGGCUAGUAGGGAUGCAUUGGCAAAGACAGUUUAUGCUCGGUUGUUUGAUUGGCUUGUUGAUAAGAUUAAUAUGUCUGUGGGGCAAGAUCCAAAUUCCCAUAUACAAAUUGGAGUUUUGGACAUCUAUGGAUUUGAAUGCUUUAAGUGUAAUAGUUUUGAGCAAUUUUGCAUUAAUUUUGCAAAUGAAAAGCUUCAGCAGCAUUUCAACGAGCAUGUAUUCAAGAUGGAGCAGGAUGAAUAUAGGAAAGAAGAAAUUAAUUGGAGCUACAUAGAAUUCAUAGACAACCAAGAUGUUUUGGAUUUGAUUGAGAAGAAACCAAUUGGGAUCAUUGCUCUCUUGGAUGAAGCUUGCAUGUUCCCAAAAUCAACACAUGAAACAUUUUCAACCAAGUUGUUUCAGAAUUUCCGAGGUCACUCAAGGUUGGAAAAGGCUAAAUUUUCAGAAACAGAUUUUACUGUUUCACAUUAUGCUGGCAAGGUUACUUAUCAAACAGAUACCUUUUUAGACAAAAAUCGUGAUUAUGUUGUGGUAGACCAUUGCAAUCUCUUGGCUUCUUCUAAAUGCCCAUUUGUGGCGGGUCUUUUCCCUUCUCCACCUGAGGAAUCUUCAAGAUCAUCAUACAAAUUCUCCUCGGUGGCCACAAGAUUUAAGCAACAACUUCAAGCACUCAUGGAAACACUCAACUCAACAGAGCCUCAUUAUAUACGCUGUGUGAAACCAAACUCACUGAACCGACCUCACAAAUUUGAGAACCUCAGUAUCCUUCAUCAACUACGCUGUGGGGGUGUUUUGGAGGCUGUUCGAAUAAGUCUAGCUGGCUAUCCAACUCGAAGGACUUAUUCAGAAUUUGUGGAUCGCUUUGGCUUGUUAGCUCCAGAAUUUAUGGAUGCAAGUUAUGAUGAGAAGGCAUUGACAGAGAAAAUUCUGCGAAAGUUAAACCUUGAAAAUUUUCAGUUGGGUAGGACAAAAGUGUUUCUUAGGGCUGGUCAGAUUGGUGUAUUAGAUUCGCGUCGGGCUGAGGUUUUGGAUACUGCUGCAAAGCGUAUUCAGCGGCGAUUGCGGACAUUUAUCGCACACAGGAAGUUUAUCUCAGCCAGGGUUGCUGCAGUUGCAGUCCAAGCAUAUUGCAGAGGAUGCUUUGCUCGAAAGAUGUUUGCUGCAAGGAGAGAGGCAGCAGCUGCUGUUUGCUUACAGAAAUACGUCCGCAGUUGGCUGUUCAGGCAUGCUUACCUGAAGCUAAUUUCAGCAACUGUUAUUAUACAGUCUAACAUCCGUGGCUUUUCAACUCGUCAAAAGUUUUUGCAUGGAAAGAAGCAUAGAGCUGCUGCUGUAAUCCAGGCUCAUUGGAGAUUGUACCGAUUCCACUCUGCUUUCCAUCAUUAUAAAAAAUCUAUCAUAGCAAUGCAAUGUCAUUGGAGGCAAAAACUUGCAAAGAGAGAGCUCCGGAGGCUUAAACAAGAGGCUAAUGAAGCAGGUGCCUUACGGUUAGCUAAGAGCAAGCUUGAGAAGCAGUUAGAAGAUCUCACCUGGCGGCUGAAUCUAGAAAAAAGAAUGCGGGUUUCCGCUGAAGAUGCCAAGUCAGUUGAAAUUUCCAAACUUCAGAAAGCAUUGGAAUCUUUGAAUCUUGAAUUAGAUGCAGCUAAGCUGGCAACAAUUAGUGAGUGCAAUAAGAAUGCAAUGCUGCAAAAUCAAUUGGAAUUAUCAAUAAAAGAGAAAUCCGCAUUGGAAAAGGAAUUUACGGCGAUGGCUGAAAUGAGAAAAGAAAAUGCAUUACUAAAGAGUUCUUUGGAUGCUUUGGAAAAGAAGAACUCUACUCUGGAGCUUGAGCUCAAGAAGGCUCUAAAAGACACCAAUGAUACCAUUGAAAAGUUGCGGGAAUUAGAGCAAAAGAAUAUUGAGCUCCAGAAUAACAUGCAAAGUCUGGAGGAGAAGCUCUCACAUCUAGAAGAUGAAAAUCAUGUUCUGCGACAAAAAGCAUUGACCCCAUCCCCAAAAAGCAACCGUGCUAACUUUUUAAAGUCAUUUUCAGAUAAAUAUGGCACACAUAAUCUUCAUCAGACUGACCGGAAGCCUGUAUAUGAAUCUCCCACACCUUCAAAACUUAUUGUACCUUUCUCACAUGGCAUGUCGGAGUCGCGACGGCCAAAACUAACAGCAGAGAGACAACAGGAAAAUUAUGAUUUUCUUUCAAGAUGUAUCAAAGAAAAUUUGGGGUUUCACAAUGGUAAACCACUGGCUGCUUGUAUCAUAUGCAAAUGUCUUCAUCAUUGGCGUUGCUUUGAGUCUGAGCGAACAGCUAUCUUUGACUACAUAAUAGAAGGAAUCAAUGAUGUUCUGAAGGUACUUGCAGUCAUCUUCACAAGCUUUCAUGAGAUUGAAGGGCCAUCAGAUGUUGAAGACGAAAAUGUUACCUUGCCCUAUUGGCUGUCCAACUCCUCGGCACUUUUAUGUCUGCUGCAGAAAAAUUUACGAUCAAAUGGCUUUUUGUCUGCUACUACUCAACGUUCUGGAGGAAAUACUGGUUUACCUGGGAGGCUUGCCUAUGGUCUAAAAUCUCCUUUCAAGUACCUUGGGUUCGAGGAUGGUAUGUCACAUAUAGAUGCAAGAUAUCCAGUAAUAUUAUUCAAACAACAACUGACAGCCUGUGUUGAAAAGAUUUUUGGCUUGAUUCGUGACAAUAUCAAGAAAGAGUUAUCUCCGCUUUUGGGGUUGUGCAUUCAGGUGCCAAAGAAUGCCCGAGUGCUUGCUGGAAAAUCAAGAUCUCCUGGAGGGCUUCCCCAACAGUCACCUAGUAGUCAAUGGGAUAGCAUCAUCAAAUUCUUGGAUUCCCUUAUGGGUCGUUUACGUGAAAAUCAUGUACCCUCUUUCUUCAUCCGUAAGCUGAUCACCCAGGUUUUCUCCUUCGUCAAUAUGUCACUUUUCAACAGUCUUUUACUACGAAGAGAAUGUUGCUCAUUUUCAAAUGGGGAAUACGUUAAAUCUGGUCUAGCAGAACUAGAGAAAUGGAUAGUCAAUGCAAAGGAGGAGUUUGCAGGAACCUCUUGGCAUGAGCUAAAUUAUAUUAGACAAGCUGUUGGUUUUCUGGUAAUACAUCAGAAGAGAAAAAAGUCUCUGGAUGAGAUCAACCAUGAUUUGUGUCCGGCACUGACUAUAAGGCAAAUCUAUCGAAUAAGUACCAUGUACUGGGAUGACAAAUAUGGCACACAGAGUGUGUCAAAUGAGGUUGUUGCUGAAAUGAGGGAGAUGUUAAACAAGGACAACCAGUAUUUGGCCUCAAAUUCAUUCUUGCUGGAUGAUGAUCUGAGCAUUCCAUUCUCAACUGAAGAUUUAGAUAUUGCAAUACCUGCAAUAGAUCCUUCAGACGUUGAAAUCCCUGCAUCAUUAUCGGAAUAUUCAUGUGCACAAUUUCUUAUCCAGCAUCAAAAAAAGUAAGGCAACUAUUUGAACUCUUAGCAUAGCUGGUGCGAAGGUUAAUGCAUAAGGUUGAAAAAGGUGUCCGAGUACUCUUUUGAGGACACAGGUUGGUGAUCAAAGAUAGGAUUUAAGCAGCAAGAUUCUAGAACUUUUCAAAUUCAUGAUGGUGUCCGCAUUAGGUAGCCUUAGGACUAGGUGGUACUACAUUGUUUAGGGAUAGACAUUAAUUUGCUUUAUUGAGAAGAAAUUUCUUGUUGCUAACAUCUGAUUUCUAUUGACAGAGUAUUGGACGCUAAGUUUUAGUAAUCAGGAUAACCUCAAUUACAAAAGAAGGAAUUUCUUUUUUCUUCUUUUUUCUUGUGAAGCUUGUCCUCUCCUCUCCUGGUCCAUUUUUGUUUUAUCUGUAGAAAUGCUUUCUUAUUGUAUUCUUCUGCUGAAUAAAGAAAUUUUUAGUGUAUGUACAUAGAACAGGUAUUACCUUUGGGUAUCAAUUUGAGACAUUUUCUCCGUUUACUUUGAAUCACUUAGAUUCUCUUCGGCAUCAAUAAUAUGUAAACAGAAACAUUAGACUUGCUAUGAACGAGUCACUAUCUGGUAUUAUUAAAAUGAAAUUAGCACUUAGCAGAUCAUGGACCUGCAUUAGGCAGAAA